GGCAGGGGUGCAUCUUAUAUAAGGGGCUGCCUGCAGGAAGGGGACUUUCCACAGCUGCUUCCACUGCUCUGGGCCGGGAUCAUGGAACUUCUGCUGCUGUGCGCGCUGGUGGUGUUUGCUGGUGUGACUCCAACCCAGGGCGGGAUUAUGAACCUGAACAAGAUGGUCAAACAAGUGACCGGGAAGACAACCAUCACCUCCUAUUGGCCCUACGGCUGUCACUGUGGACUUGGUGGCAAAGGCCCACCCGUAGAUGCCACGGACUGGUGCUGCCAUGCCCAUGACUGCUGCUAUAGUCACCUGAAGCUCCACCAUUGCCGUUUCCACCGUGACCAUUACACCUACAAAUUUACGCAGGGGGACAUCCUGUGCUCUGACAAGGGGAGCUGGUGUGAGCAGCAGCUGUGCGCCUGUGACAAGGAGGUGGCCUUCUGCCUGCAACGUAACCUGGGCACCUACAACAAGACUCUGCGUUAUAUCCGUCUCUUCCGGAGGUCCCGCUGCAGUGGGCAGACCCCUAUGUGCUAGGAGAAACCUGCCCCGGCUUCCUGCACCCCCUACCCUGGUCUUUGGAAGUCCCACAGGAUUUCUGACACCCCCACCUCAGUAAUAGUGAACCCCCUGAACCAGCCAGGCUCUUUUAACACACUCCCAGCAAGAGGGAGGGUCUCAGCCUCUCCCCAGCCACCCAUCUUGCCUCUUGGAUCUUUUAAGUCUUCCCAACUGAGGCAAUAGCUGUCUCCUCUGAGGGUGGAUUGAGAUCUUAGGAAAAGCCAAGGGCAGGGAGCCCCCAGAGAUGGUGUUUGGGCCAAACCAGCAGGUGUUGGGGGUGGGGGCCUAGGGACCAAGGUGUGGCAGGUUCUCUCUGCCCCUGCCACUCACUCCCCAGGCCUCCCGCCCCAGUCUCACCCCUCCGAUACCCUGUCCAAGCUGCAGUGGAGUGGCCUCUCUGCGGGGCAGUACUGAUCUUUCUGUCCGUGUGACUCUGCUUCUUAAAACCCCGAGGCCCCCACUGCCCUAGGAUAGGAGUUUGGGACCUACACUGUCUGGUGCUAUGUCCCUCUCUCACUAGGCUCGGAGGUCCUGGCAGGCAAGGUACAUGCCUGACCUGGACUCAUUUGCAUCCCUGGUGACAAAGCAGUGCCAAGAAGGGGCUCUGUAAAUAUCUCUCGAGUGAAAUGCUAGACGAAGCCUCUGUUCCUCUUGCUCCAGUCCCACAAGCACGCGCCACCUGUCCUCCAGGCACUCUUUCUUUCCCUGAUUCCAGGUGUCUGCUCAGGCUGGGCUUCCUACAGAAAGGUUCCAGCUGUCAUCUCCAGGUGGCUAAGCCCUCCCCAGUCCCUCAGGGUCCAAGGGUUACUUCCUACAGAACUGUCCCCUGGCUGACUCCUCCCCAGCCCCAAGACCUCACUCCCUCCUCCGAACUCCACAUCCUUUAUAGCACUUCAUGGGUCUGCAAUUUACCAAAGUUUAUCUUGAGUGAUACAUCAUUGUCUGGACUUCUCUGAUCUCCCCCAACUAGACUGGAGCUUCCGGAGGAUGGAGGCCGUCUGUCUCAUCUUCGUUUCAUCUGCUCCCCCACAUAUUACGUACUCGAUUAAUGCUUAUGGAUCAAAUGAGCCCAUAAUGGAUAGAUGGAAGUUGUGGCAGGUGUUGGUGUCCCACCCAGAGCCCCUCCUGGCCCAGUCCCAGCCCCCAACUAAGCCAUGUGUUGGCUGUGAAGUGCUCACGUCCAUCAUCCAUCA